AUGGCCUCCUUGUCUUCCCAGGCUACCGUUAUUGGGCAACCUUCAUCAGAUAAUCAAAGGCAUCAAUUUUCUUUCGAGCCUGACAGAUAUGGCCACGUCAUAUGGCCCUGUAAUGACCGUGUGGAUGGGGCCAUUGCCUACGAUCGCCCAACACUUUACUCCGGGCAAUACACGACUGCAAGCUUUAAAACCAUCGUUCCUUCUCCCUGCAAUGAGCGUUGGACUAAGCUCAGAAAACUUCUCCACAACAAUGUUCUCAGUCCCUUCCACGUUGCAAGCCAGAGCACUUCACAUCAGGCAUAUGUCGUUGAUCUCUUCAGCACCUUAGCAAUGGGGAAGGAGGCAAAUGACGGCGUGGUGAGGCCUUUGCAGGCCUUGAAAAUGAUGGGAAUGAGUUUUUUAGCCCGAUUAUGCUUUGGCCCUCAUUUCCAAGACCAGGGUUUGCUAGUCAUGCUGAAUGAAUUAGUUGCUGAACGUAUUACGUUAGGUGGUGAAAGAGAUAAUGUUCUGCUGAAUUCAUUUCCUUAUACUCGCUACUUUAUUCCUUCAUCAAAAAGAGCUGUGAAGAAGUGGAAGUCUCACCGAGCUGCUAUUCUGCAGCUGUUUUUGCCUUCGAUUCAAUUUACUCGCAGUGAUCGCGAGGUAAGACGAGUUGUUGAAGAAAAAGGUGAGUUGUUAUGUUUGAAAGAUUUGGGGAAGCUGCCAUACUUGCAAGCUGUUGCGAAGGAGACGUUGAGAAAAGAGUCGAUAGCGCCGCUUGCAAUUAAAGAGCCUGAUCAGUUUAUUCCUGAGAGAUUUCCUGGCAAUAUGGAUUCUGACAAGGUAAGAAUGUGGUAUCUACCGUUUGGAGCAGGAAGACGAGUAUGUGCUGGAAUGGACCUUGCUAAUGUUCAUGUCCCCAUCACUCUUGCCAAUUUAUUGCUUAAAUUUGAGUGGGCAUGUGUGAAGGAAGGGUGUCCUCCAGACCUUACCAGGCAUAUUCCUUCCUUACUCAUGUCUAUGAAAUAUCCAUUGGAGGCUCACAUAACCUGCCGUUAG